AGCGUCUUGAUAUCAAUUAUAUUGAUCUCAGUCAACGUCAUUCUGCAACGCGUGAUCUCGCUCAGUCCAUUUGUAAGAUGCCUAAUCUCAGGGAACUUCGUUUCGGUGAUGAUUGUCGAGACAUCAGUCCUUCGCUUCAUGACGAGUUCUAUUCAACGUUGUCAUCAUUAGCAUCGUGUGCAAAGAUUGAGCGUCUUGAUAUCAAUUACAUUGAUCUCAGUCAAUGUCAGUCUGCAUCACGUGAUCUGACUCAGUUCAUUUGUAAGAUGCCUCAUCUCAGGGAACUUCAUCUUGUUUCUUUUCAAAACAGUCCGAAAUUUCAUGACGAGUUCUAUUCAACAUUAUCAUCCUUGGCAUCGAAGCUUUCAACACCAAGGUUUGCCUUCCAGUACAUGUAG